CCACAAUGUGCCCUGCCGGAUGUGGGCAUCUGGGAUCCUCCUGCCCUGGGCUGCCUCCACACCCCCAACCCCCCCCAAAGUGAUUCUGUCGUGUGGCGCGGAUGCCGCUCUGCGCCGGCGCGAGUCUCUCCCGAAACAAUAAAGCAGUUGAGACGUUGAGACGCAAUAAUCGGGAGCGUUCGAUUUGGUGCGCGGUGCGCUGUCAUUUGGGAGCUACCGAAAGGCAUUCGUGUUUGCAGUUGGUUGCGUUUCUCGGCAGACGAUCCAUCGGAGGCUGGCAAGUCGGGCAUGCUUCGGGUGUGACGCGUGCUGCCGGCAAGGAACAAAGUGCAUGGAGAGUUGCGGUAUAGGAAAUUCAGCUUGACUUGCGAGGAGCUUCUGUGGCCACAUCCUUGCGCUGGAGCAGCACGGGUUCCGGCCAUGGCUGCCAAGAUCCUGAGUCGAUUUGAGGGGCUGCCGUUCACUGUAGCUCGUCUGAUUAGGGACCUUGCAACAAAUCUGGCUGUGGGAGAGGGCUUUGCGGUUUCUUAGAAUAUUGGAGUGAGCACCGGCAUGCAGUUUGUUUAUGACUGGGAACAUGAUUUGGCCCCCUGCAAGCGGCAAAAGCUCAGUUGCUUUUGAUCCAUACGUAUGAUGAUGGCGAUAGAUCUGGUGAUGUUCAGGGCAUGCUUCGUGCUCGUUCCUCAACUGUGUUGCGUUCUGUGAUCAGUGUCGGGAUGGUUUCUGGUGGAAUGACCUGGGGACGGGCAUGAAUGAGAAGCAGGAUAAUCGGAAUAAACGAAAGAUCACCCUCAGGGGCGACCCAAGCUCGUUGCCAGGCUUCUAUUCCUGCGAAUAAGAAGAGGAGUUACAGCGAUACUGUGCGCCCUGUAGAAGUCGGCGAACGAAGCGAUAUAGAAAGGACUGGUGCUGGCGUUCGAGGGGUUCGAUGCUCAUGCAGUACAUUAGGUGUGCACCAGAGGGUCAGCGUUCUGAGCUCGUCGCUGCCACGAUGAUGCAAGGGAUGGAAUGUUGGGGUACGACACCCCCGCCCAAAUGGCAUUACAACCCCAAUUCCAGCACAAAUCUCGCCCAGAUGAACGCUCCGCAGUUUCAUCCGCCAUGGAAUGGCAAUUGGGGUGAUAGAGCCGACCUUGUGGGCACCGGCGAUGUUCCAAACAAAGCGACAGCAUACAGUCGAGCGCUUCGCAAGUCGUGCUUGCUGAAUCAAAGGGGGUAUUUGAAAGCGCGGCGCAAUCGAUCGGACUCUGCGGACAAGCUUCGACAUCAUCAGUCACGACAACGGCGAGCAAUGAGCAACCUCGAAUGCUGCCAGGGGUUUCAGUUUCUUUUUCAGAAAGAACUGCGAGCAAGCGACGUGAGCAGCUUGGGGCGUAUCAUCUUGCCGAAGAAGGAUGCAGAAAGACAUCUACCGUUUUUGGCUGUGCGGGAGGGUAUCACAAUGUCCUUGAUGGACUACCAUACCGGCCAAUACUGGACGGCGCGCUACAGGUAUUGGCCGAACAACAAGAGCCGUAUGUAUUUGCUGGAGAAAAUCGGGAGUUUUGUGAGCUUCCACAAACUGGAGGAAGGAGACCUUCUGCUGUGCUAUCGAAACCCGCAAGGGGCUUACGUCAUCCGAGGCAGGAGGGUGGCAGCUGAAGCGAUGAGCAGCCCCAGAAGAGAGCCGAGUCCCGAUCGUGCGCAGGCGAAGGAAACUGCAACGAGGCCAGUUGUGCUGGAAUCAUACAAGGAUGAAUGCAACAGCACGGGGAGUUCAGAUGCGAGCAACCCAUCAUUCGACACGCCAGAUAGCGCUCUGGAAGAAUUGUUGAGCGGGAAGGAUGUGAGUGAUUGUAUGAGCGGGCUACAGGAUUUUCUUGAUGGGGACUUGGGGAUUACGAGAGACUGGCAGGGCGAGAAGCUGGGAGGAAGUUUGGUUCGGUCGUUCCAGCCGCCUCUUCUGGAUUUGGACUUCGACCCAGUGGAGGGAAUGCUUUGUAUGCCUAACGUGAAGCAACGGUACAUGGACUGAAAGAAGCGCAUCAUAUCAUUUUUUUUUUUAUUAUAUAUGUGUGCACCACAAACAAGAAUGACGAUGACAGUUGUACGAGAUGAUCCUUGAAUGCCAAGGGCAAGCGAUCGAACCUGAAUGUUAGUCAUCAUAUAAAGAUGCGGAGAUACUUGAGCCGUCUUCAGAAAAGACUGAAGAGCUUUGGACUGUACUCAUGUGUACAUCUUUUCUUUAUUCAUUCGUUGGGAAUAAUUUCCUGGCAAUAAGCCACAGAUGGUCUAUUUUUGGUGUUGUGAAAAGUCAUGUGCAAGGCUAAAAUAUAGUGUGGUUGUUGA